UAAAGGAUAUUUAUCUUUUCUAAGCACUGUUUUUUAAUUUUGAAUAUUUCCUAAGAUGAACAAUGGGACAAGUAUAUCUGAAUUCAUUCUCCUUGGACUAUGCAAUCCUCCAGAAGUGGAUUUCAUUUUGUUCUUGGUCUUUCUUGUUAUGUACAUAAUAACUUUAAUUGGAAAUAUAAUUAUAAUCAUUAUCACAAAUACAGACCCAACGCUAAACACACCUAUGUACUUUUUUCUUGGUAAUUUAUCCCUCUUGGAUGUCAUUUGUACUACAUCUACUGUCCCCAACAUGUUGGCUAAUUUUUUUGUGCCAAAAAAAUCUAUAUCUUUUCAUGGAUGUGUUAUUCAAAUGUUUGUGUUCACUGUUGGCAUGGAUACUGAAUUUCUUCUUCUGACCGUUAUGUCCCUUGACCGCUACUUGGCCAUCUGUAAUCCCUUAAGGUAUAAAAAUAUUAUGAGCAAAAAUUCUUGCAUUUGUAUGUCUGCUAUAGUUUGGUCUUUUGGUUUAUCCAGUUCUACAUUUCAUGCAUCAAGUACUUCAUGGUUGUCAUUCUGUGGCCCCAAUAUAAUUAACCACUUUUUCUGUGAGGUCCCACAAGUUCUUGCACUGUCAUGUAGUGACACAAGUUUAAACCAGUUGGUACUAAUAUUUACAGAUCUUAUACUGGGAUUAAUAUGCAUUAUUUGUAUUUGUAUUUCAUAUGUUUUAAUGGUCGUUGCCAUAUUAUGUAUACGCUCAUCUGAAGGAAAAAAGAAGGCAUUUUCUACGUGUGCAUCUCACAUCACAGUUGUUGUUUUAUUCUAUGGAACAUUAAUCUUUGCCUAUUUCAGACCCUCAACCCUCAGUGCAUCAGACAUAGACAAAGAAAUUGCUGUUAUCUAUACCAUUGUUAUACCAAUGCUAAACCCUAUCCUGUACAGUUUGAGGAACAAGGAGGUGAAAGGAUCUAUUGAAAAAAUCGUUAUGAGAAAAAUGCUUAUCUAA